UUUUACUCCGUGUAUAAAGAAAGAAACAAAAGAGGACAAAGUCAGCGAAAAAACCUUGACAGUGGUGUUUCUCCUCCUCCUCCAUCAAGCAAGCAAGCAUCUGAGAAGGUGAAAUCAGAAGAAAAGAUGGGUUUAGGUCUUAACGUGGGUCUUCUCGGAGUGCUGAUUCUCUCUCAUGCCGCCUACUCCACUAUUCAAUAUAGAGGAUUGUUGAAGAUUACCGAGGAUGAGUUUACUGGCCCUCCUAUCAAUGUAGUAUUUGAAUUGAUUCUAGGGUUUCUGUUGUGUAUGUACGCUGGCCUAACUGUUCCUGGCAAUUUCCACUCCAUUCAUCCAGCUUCUGAGGAAAACAGGAUAGUUUCCUUACCUGAGAACUUGGACUUCAUGAUCUUCAAUCACCGAGGCAGAGUGGCUCUUUCAGAUUCUGAUAUGAAGCUUAAAAAGUGAGGUUAUCAUUUGAAAGGACCUCUGUUCUUCCUUCAAGAAAGUGGGGACUAUGUUCAAGCUGGCAUCUCGUUUUUACUUUCAAUUUUUCUCUGGCUACGAGCAUCGUCUUCUUGAGUACUAGGAAUAUAUUGCUGCUGUAAAAUGUAAUAUUCUAACUACAUCAGCAAAACUUUUUUUUUCUAGCAUUACAUUCUUACUGAUCUUUAUAUUGAUUAUCUUAUUAUGAGUUUUGUAGUAGUUCAUUGACUAGAAUUGAGACCUUUAUAUAGUAACUAAAGAAUUCACUUACUGUCUCUUUUGUCA